AUGUCGCACGAAGCCUUGAAUCCAAUCCAUCCCUCCGUUCUUCCUUAUUUGGACCCGGUAUUCAUUCAACUAUAUAAUGAAAAUGUUGCGAACACGCCUUCAGGGCCAAUUGACCUGGCCAUUCUCCGUACGAAGUACUCGGUUUUGUACUCGUAUGGUACGGGCCCUGCUCCAGAGUGUGCACGCGUAUAUGACGCCGAAGUUCCCGCUCACAACGGAGAUCUGAUUACUGUUCGAGUUUAUGAGCCUGCAUCCCCUGGACCAUGGCCCGUACAUGUCGAUUUCCACGGCGGAGGAUGGGGCCUCGGUGAUCUCGAUACAGAAGCCCAUAUUUUGAAACAUAUCUGUACUAAGGCCAACGUUUGUGUCAUUGAUGUCGACUAUCGCCUCGUCCCCGAAAAUGCAUUUCCUAUUGGUAUCCAGGAUUCUUUCGCUGCCUUGCAAUAUAUACACGCCGAAGGUGCCAAAAAGUUUAACAUUGACCCUACAAGGAUUUCCCUGGGCGGCGUCUCAGCAGGAGGCAACAUCGCCUUGGUAUGUGCCCAUCUGGCUCGUGACAAAAAUAUUCCUUUGAGGAUUAUUGCUGUCGGCACACCUACCGUGGAUAACAUAGCCUUAUACAAGUCCGCAUCUGAGGCUCCUUGGCCCUCUAUGCAAGAGAUGCAACACGCGCCAACACUCAACUGGGCGCGACUGAAGUGGUUUGAUAAUCUCAAAUGGCAGAGCAUUGAUGCUGAAGGUCCCAGUCGUGAAUCGCAAAUGGCCGCGGUAAAGUGGUAUGCUAAUUUGCUUGACGCCCCGGAUUUCACCCGCUUACCAAAGACCGUCAUUUAUACUGCCGGAUGUGACCCUCUGCGUGAUGAGGGUGAGGCGUAUGCUAGGAAAUUGGUUGAGGCCGGGAAUGAGGUUAUUCAGAAGCGGUUUAUGGGUGUUCCCCAUCCAUUCAUGCAUAUGGAUAAGGACCUUUGGCAGGCUAAAGAGUUUAUUGAUAUGACGGCUCAGCAUAUUAAGUCUGCGCUGCACGGAUGA